AUGGCAAGUAACACAACACAAUGUUUUAUAAAUGAAAAAGAUUCUUCGACCGAAUAUCAUCAAAAACUUAUUGAACAAAUGGAUGAAAUUGAAAAAGAUCGAGAUUUAUUUCUACAAGAAUUUAUUCAACAUAAACAAAAUCUACAAGAACAUUCAUUGAUGAAACAAAUUGAUCAAUGGGAAAAUGAUUCCAUCUUUAAAAUAAAAGAAAGGGCUGAAAAAUGUCGACAAAAUUUUAUUAAAUCUAUGAAGAAAUCAUUUAGACAAAUAGAUUAUAAAUUAUUUUCUUUAAAUGAACAAUUGAAACAAAUUCGUAAGAGAAAAAAAUUCAAUGAAAAUUCUUCGAAUGAACUCAAACAAAAAUUAAUUAAAUUAACUAAAGAACUUAAUGAACCAAGCCAUAUUUUCAUUGAAGAAAUUACAACAUUAUUUAUCAACAAAAUUAAUCUCAUUGAUCGAUCUAAUAUGAAAUGGAAAGAAUUUGGAAUUGAUAUUACCGAAGGAAAUGAAUUGAAUCAACUAAAGAAUCCUUCAAGUAUGUUGAUCGAUAAAGAUGAUGAUAAAAUAAUUUAUAUUGUUGAUUCUCAAAAUGAUCGUAUUAUGAAAUGGAAAUUAAAUGAACAUUAUGGUGAAACUGUUGCUGGUAGAAAUGGAAAAGGAAAACAAAUGAAUCAAUUGUGUUAUCCAAAAGAUGUGAUUAUUGAUAAAGAAAAUGAUUGCUUUAUUAUUAGUGAUUAUGGAAAUAAACGAAUCAUGCAAUGGCCUCGUCAAAAUAAUGGAACUGAAAAAAUAAUUAUUUCUAAUAUAAAUUGUCAUGGUUUAGCAAUUGAUAAAUAUGAAUUUAUUUAUGUUGCUGAUGGUGAGAAACAUGAAGUAAGAAAAUGGAAAAUUGGAGAUGAAAAUGGAAAAUUAGUGGCAGGUGGAAAUGGAAAAGGAACAAAUUUAAAUCAACUUAAUCAUCCUAGUUUUAUUUUUGUUGAUAACGAUUGUUCAUUAUAUAUAUCAGAUUGUGCAAAUCAUCGUGUAAUGAAAUGGUUAAAGGAUGCAAAACAAGGAAUUAUUGUUGCUGGUGGAAAUGGAGAAGGAAAUAGUUUUAAACAAUUAUCGGGUCCUCAAGGAAUUCUUGUUGAUCAGUUUAAUCAAAUUUAUGUAGCAGAUCAUGGAAAUAAUCGAGUCAUGUGUUGGCUCGAAGGAACAACGAAAGGAAGUAUUAUUGUUGGUGGAAAUGGAUAUGGAAACGAAUUGAAUCAAUUAUUUUAUCCAAUGGGUUUAUCAUUUGAUCAACAAGAAAAUCUUUAUGUUGUUGAUUCAGGAAAUAAUCGAAUACACAAAUUUGAAAUUGAUUUUAAUUAA